AUGGAGGAAAAGAAAUCAAAGCCUUCAAUUGAAAACUCUAACCGCCAAAUUCAGAAAGAAAAAGCAGCGUGUGAAGAGUGUAGUACAAGUGCCCAGGAUGCUCCCUCCGUUCCUGCAGUCUCCUUUGUGUCAAAGCACACAAGCAGCGCAGUGGAUUAUAAUAUGCUCGAGGACAUGAAGAGAGUUUCUGAACCUGCUCAGAGGACAAGACUUAAGUUAUGUGGCAAAUCUAAUUUUAAGCUCCCGUUUCCGCUUAAAAGUCUGCGGAGUGCUGCUGCAAGCCGUGGGACUAAACUUCUGUUUCUUACAAAUGGGAUGUCAAAGAGAGAGAUGAAUCGAACUUAUUACGACAAAAGGAAGAAAUUUGUAUCGUGGACCAUUGAGUGGCAGUUCCAUUCAACUGAUGUUGUAGUAGUUGACCACGGAGUACAUGAAAAUACAUAUCUCUGCUCCGUGAUUGAAAAUCAUCUAAAAGAUGGUCCAUGGAAUCACCGGUUGAGACAAUUUUGUAAUGAGUCUCUUGAUUCUCUCAAAUUUUUCAUCCGCAAAUAUCCAAAGGGGCGCAGAUCACCUUAUCGCAAGUUAAACAUUAAGGCACCAAUACUUGAGCAAUUAGCAAAUUUAGUGAUCUUGGAGUACCCUGUUAUCCACACAGUCGACGCUGAUUAUCCAAGUCCCAAAGGUGUGACUUUCAGGGAGGAAGAAUUUGAAGAUGGUGGCUCCUCGAAUCCUCUCAUUUCAGAUCUUACGAACCAUUCAAAUCAAAAUAUGGUAGCUCAAACAGAAUUCAAAGAGUCGAUAUUUAGCCCAUUGGUGGUAAGAGGUGAUGAGCAAGACAAAUCAGUAUUAACCAGUGGUGGAAGUGUUUGGAAAGAAGAAGAAUACUAUAUAGGCAAGGAUUUGGGUAUUCCUGAGGAGGACAUGAACUUUGAUUGGUCGACGUAUAUUCAGAUCUUAUCAAGGGAACUAAUCCGGAUGACUUCCUUAUGGAGGAAGAGCUAG